GGCUCCGGUUACAGUAGAGGCGCAGAAGAAGCAGCCAGUCCCGCCAAGGGGGUUGGACUUUGCGCCAAAGUAACUGCGCAGCUAUGACUCCAUGUCUGGAGCCGCAGCAGCAAGAAGCGAUCAGAGGCUGAGCGACCAGAUUUCAGCAAGACAGGAGGCAGCGGACGGAGCUCAGGUUUCCUUUCUGACUGGAACAAAGGAGAGGAAAAGAUUUGUUUUAAAGAUCUUGAGUGAGAGUCUUUCUGCAUGAGCUGCUCCUGAGAGAGAUAACAGUUGGAGGCUGUGUUUUAGGAAAGUGCCUCACAGGGAGGGGCGACCGGGAAUGCGAGUCUGCAAACAGGCCUGACGGAGCCCUGCGUCCUUCCCACACACCAACGCAGCGCGGAAACAUUCAGCAGGAAAGAGCGCCCUGCUGCCUCACAGCCAUGAGCUCACAGGCUAGUUAUGGGAACUUUCUGUUCCAGACCAUGGACGGCGACCUGAAUGCAUCGCUUGCAGUCGCAGAUGAGUUAUCCAAGGAAUUUAGCUCCAUGCUGCAGGAGGCCUCCUCCAACGACCAAAACACUUCAUCUGACUUUACGACCAAUUCUUCCGUCUCCAGAGACAGACAUCUUUCGUCUGGACCGUCUAGCCUUCCCAGCUCCACGUAUUUGUCGAGCAGCACCAAUGGCAGCUCCAGCUCCAGCUCCAAACCGCUCUCUCAAAGCUCCACGUAUUACAGCAGUGACUCGGUCGUCUCCAGCAACAGGAAUGCUCCGUCACCCCCCAUCCACUCCAACAGCCCCCACGCCUCUCCUAAGACGCACCGAGUGGUGCAAAACACGCACCGGCGGACCGGAUCAGACAGCUACACGUUUACGCCGCAGAGCCCCAAACAGCCGCCCCGCUCGUCCAGGCCCGACUCCCCGUCUUAUUUUGAAAGGAGUCCCCAAAGCCUGAUUAUUAACAGGGAAAGAAGCCAACUCUCGAGCAGGUCAGCCGGCUCUUUGGACAUGUCAUCCCGCCCGGUUCCACAUCAGAUGUCCCAAAACCUGCAUACUUCGUUCGACAGCAACCAGAAGGGCCACACGUCCCAUCAGCCAGAUAGAGGCCCCUCCGCAGGGUUCCCGAGAUCGUUCUCUCCAAUGUCUUUAAACUCUCAGACAUCCAGCACCCUUCCUCGAAAUUUUACCACAGUCAGUCAAACUGAAGAGUCUGUGAAAAAACAAAAAAGUCCAGGCAAGUGGAACGAAACAGAUCUGGACGUGUCCUACGAGAGGAAACCUCACCACACCUAUGAUACGACAGAAUGGCGUCGAUCACCUGCUUCGAACAGCAACUGGCGGGAAUCCAACCUGGAUAACCCGGCUCCAGCCUUAAACCCUAAAAAGGAUCCUCGCUCUGUUCCCCACCAGGGUUCGUUCGGUUCUUUGCCCCGCGGCGCUCGUAUAGCUGUUCCACCAGAUGCCUCGUCCUCAGGACACUCCCCUUAUGGCCCUCAGCCAAUCGUCUCCCGUGUCAACAUGCCUCCCUUAUCUUCCUUGCCCCGCCAAAGUAGGCGCAUACCAAUCUCUGUCAUCCUGCGCCUUCAAAAUCCCUACUAUGGACAAAUGUCGGCCCUCCAAAAUCAGCCAAUGGAAGGACAAGGAGACUUUGCACAUUACCACAUGCCUGAAGCGGCUCCGAGGAAGUUCUUUCAGUCCCCUGCCUAUCCCUCACAGCAUUAUCCACCUGAGCUGAGACAACCUGCUGUUUAUAGUGACGCGCUACAUGCAGAGGAUAUAGAUGCAGAGAUACAGCGCCUGGAUAUUCACCACCAUCCGCCAGCUUUGGAGACUCCUGCCGUGCCAAAGGCUGGUGGAGAGGUCGAACAGGUUGUGACCCCAGCUCCCCGACCCCUCAGCCCCACCAGGUUGCAACCAGUGGUGGCCCCGGAGGUCCAGAACCCCGAGAUCCCGGAUCGGGAGGAGCUGCUCAGCAUCAGGGCUGAAAUUCCCCGGGCGCUGAAGAGACGCGGCUCUGUGGAUGUUUCUCGGUCCGCGAAGAAAACCUCGCAUUACCAGCCAAACCAGUAUAAAAACAUCAUCCACAAGCUAUUUAAUAGAAAAGAGCCCCGCAACAAGGGGGAGAAAGGUAGCGACAGCUCCUCCGACGGUGAGGAACCCGCCAUGCCUCCCGAUCCUCCACCCACAACCCGGACGCCUCCAGUCAUUCCACAGGAUGAAAAAUACAACUCCAUCCUGAGGAAGCAGGGUCGCAAGAAAUCUGGAAGGCGAGCUAAACUUAGCCCACUGGUUCUGCUGCUGGAUGGAGCGUUGAUGGGAGAAAUGGACACAGUGAUGCGAGCCGUGAAGGAGAUGAGUGACCCCAGCCAGUCGAAUGAUGAGGGCAUCACCGGUUUGCACAAUGCCAUCUGCGGCGGACAUCGCGAAGUGACUGACUUCCUGGUCCGCAUUGGAGCGAAUGUCAGCGCCCCAGACAGCCAUGGCUGGACUCCGCUACACUGCGCUGCCUCUUGUAAUGACCGUGAAAUGUGCGAGUAUUUGGUGAGGAACGGAGCUGCCGUCAUGGCCUUCACUCACAGAGAUGGAGCCACCGCCUCCCAGAAGUGUGAUCCUUACCUUGUUGGAUUCGAGGAGUGCGAGAGCUAUCUAAGAGCUAAGGAGGAGUCCAUGGGGGUGGACAACAACGGAGUGCUGUACGCUCUGUGGAGCUACCAGGCUCAGGCACCUGAUGAGCUGAGCUUCAAGGAGGGAGACAUGGUCACCAUCCUGAAGAAAACGGACGGCUCCGACUGGUGGUGGGCGUCGCUCUGUGGCAGGGAGGGCUUUGUCCCAAACAACUUUUUUGGGCUUUAUGAAGUGGUAAGGGCUUUUCCCAAAGGUUCGUCCAAAAUCUCUCUGUUAAGGAAUAUUCUGGACAAACCUUGGCUAUUGUACAUUGUGGCGUGGUGCAGCAGAUUCACAGAAGAUCUGCUUUAGUCAGACUUCUGACUCACGUCCUGGUUACAGAUCAAACUGAGGCUGUUGGUGUUCAGUCCACUCAUCGGUUUGGUCAGCGUAGGUGUCAAGAAACCCACGAUAAGUUGGUUUAGACGUGGUUCCAGUUAACACCCAAGAUGCAUCACCAAGUCAAAGGAGGGAGUCUGAUGUUGAAGUUUGAAGUUUUCACAUUACCCAGCUGUAUAUGUCAUUUUUAGCAGUUUUGGCAUUGGUCAAAUAUUAGAUUAGAGCUACUUUGUAAAUUUUUAUGACCACAUUCAUGAUAACACUGAAUGAAUGAGAUGUGACUUUACAUAGUAUUAUUAGAACUGAUGAGUAUUUGCUUAAGUCAUUGCACAAUGUUCUUCUGGUUGUUUUCAUGAUGCCUUUAAAUACGAAUCAUGUUGGGAAGGGUCUGAGUUUACUCUGAGUAAAGUGAAAGAUUUUCUGAUGCAUGAGGAAAUGCAUGUGUGUGUUGGGUGUAAUGUUUAUUUUUUCUUUCUGCACGCUGGUGUGCCUGUGAAAUUUUACUCAGAGUGGAAUAACAUAACUAAAUAUUUAGACAGUAAAUAUAAAAGAUCUGUUGUCAGUUUUCUCAAUUAAAUCAUCUGUUACAGUGACACUUACUGGCACCACUAAUAAAGAUGUGUAAAAGCUUAAAAAAAAUUAAUCAA